AUGGUUCCAGAGAUUAUUCGCAGGGUGGGGUGGACUGCUGCUCCGGUUGGUAUCCUCACCACUAUGGAACCAGACGAACUUGGACUUAAUGGUUUUCCACGGCAGCGUGUGGCCUGUCGGAUCUUGGCCAUGAACUCCGCUGCCGCGUCCGUCGCGGCUGCUGAAUUAGCCAAGGAAAUACCAGAAAUGGCUUUCUCAGAGCUCAUGCCACGCGAAGAAGGCUCAGUGGCUUUCUUAGCCCACGAGGACUACUGCAACGUUCUUUUGAAGGCGUCUGGAAAGAACGGCGUUUUCUACAAGCAUCGGAAAAGCAGUGCAGAUGAAGACAAUGAACUGCUUUUGCUUUGGCUACCUCCUGAAUAUAGUCUUGAAGAAUCUUUGCAACUUGCAAAGGAUGACUCUGUUUUUGGGGUGGUUCAGAAGAGCUCGGCCGUUGAAGGCCGUUUUGCCUUAAGAUUUGCUGACCUGACAACAUUGGAGAACUUCGCUACUACGCACAGCAUUCAGAGCAAUGCACUUUUCGGCAGAUGGAAAUUCGCUGGAACACUUGUUUCUUUAGGAAUUGCCGGUGCUCUGACUUUUCUACACUCACAAGAUUGGGUCAAUCCGGACGUGCUUUAUGUCACUGAAGGACAUUUCGUAUUUAUAGCAGAGAAGAUUGGUCGGCGUGACCCGGUAUACUUCAACCAUGCGGGGUUUGCAAGGCAGAUUAAGUGGAAAGCCUUGAACUCCAAGGCCAAGUUGCUGGCAAAAGAGUACAAUAAGAAUCGGGCAACUGCGUCCUCCGAAUUUCGAGCACCUUCUCGUUCGAUACAGCAGUUGGAAAAUCGUCGCCUCUUCUUGGAAAGGUCCGUCAAAGUUCCUCCCAAAGCUGCGGCCAAAGCGACAGGCUAUAUGAACCCUUGCUUUCGAAUUCCUUCGCACAGCCUCUUCAACAGCAAGAUGUAUCGGGUGAAUGGGCAUGGACAGACAGGACCACAGCGGAAUGCUGUGGUGCUAAGCGUGGCUAUUUGCCCCCGUGACGCAUUGCCAACGGUGAUUGCAGCAGUAGGCUACACGUCAAGAGCUUGUGGAGUUUUGGUUGUGCAGAGCCCCGACGAGCUUCACCUCAAAGGGUAUCCAAGGUCCAAGGUCAAGUGCACGUAUAGCGUUUGCACGGAAGGGGCAGAGCGUCGCCACAUCCAAGUGGAGCGCUUCUUGGUGCAACUAGGCUUUGCUGACCAGGUUCGUAUGUCUCCGGCCGGGGAGGAACUUGUUGUCGGUAUAACCAUGACCAAGAUGCAGGCCAAAUGUUCCGGCCAUCGUGGUUGGCAGGAAGGGAGUGCGCCGGCCGGAAUGCUAGCCAGUUGGUUAGACAAAGUCACCCCAUCCGUAGCAUAUGCCGAGAUCCAAGCACGUAUGGACAGCGCUUUUACCUUCAUGUGUCAUUCUGAUUUUUGCGACACAGUGUUGCGAGCUAGUGGCACUGAGGGCAUUUUCACUAAGGUCCAUCAGAGGCACAGUUCAGAACCAGAAGCGGGACAUGAGCUUCUUUGGCUUGACCCUGAGAUCAGCCUUAACGAUGCCUUGCUUGUUGCGGAGAACGCAGGGGCUUUGGGAGUGGUGGAGAAAGGAAACAAGGGUAGGCUGGCUUUACGUUUUCGCAGUGUUGAGGACCUCACUACCUUUGCUAAGUCUAACAAGUACGACUUCGAUGCUAGUUUGCAGAGGUGGAAGGUUACGGGGGUGCCACUACAGGCAGGAGUUCAAGGUCUCUCCCAAAUGUUGUGCUCGUUGGGUUGGAAGGUUGCCGAGAUCCCGCUCGCUUUCGGUAUUUGGGACAGCCCACUUCGUGUGGCGGUGGAAGCGAUGGUAGUAGUGGACUUGACCUUGGUGCACGGGCACAAGCUCAACAAGCCUUUUUGCAAAAAAUGGCAGCGGCCGCACCAGAGAAAAUUCCCAUUCUCGUUGAUUCCCCCAAAGGCUCCCCACGAGCCGCGGAAGCCGCGAAGCGCCAGAAUGAUGGCCACACGGGGGAGACCCCCGCUCCCAAGCGAUGACUGGUUUGAACGCGCCAGCAGGUUUCACUUUCCAUAUUAUUUUGCUUGUAUCUCCCGUACGGGACGCAAUAAGAAGAUGCAUGCCCUUCAUGGUAACCAUGGAGAUGAAGACGUGGUGGAAUUUUCUCUUUGUAAUGUGGCAGGUUUGCAGAAGAAUGGUCGAGUUGAGUAUUUGUCAUCGUUAACUUCACACUUCCUGGCAUGGUGA